GGUUAGUCAAGGGAAGAAAGGGCAGAGUCCAAUCGACUGGGCUGUGGAUAUCAUGGAUCUCAGACAUAGUCGUUCAGUGAAGCUGAAUGAUGGAAACUUGAUGCCAGUACUUGGGUUUGGCACAUUUGCUUCUAAGGAGAUUCCAAAGAGCAAGGCUGCCGAGGCCACCAAAGUAGCCAUUGAUGUGGGUUUCCGUCACAUAGAUGCAGCAUACUUCUAUGAAAAUGAGGAAGAAGUUGGACAGGCCCUCCGAGACAAGAUGGCUGAUGGGACUGUGAAGAGGGAGGAUUUAUUCUACACCACCAAGAUUUGGAUUACUUUCCUUAGACCAGAGUUGGUACGUCAGUGCCUGGAGAGAUCGCUGAAGAAACUUGGGCUGGAUUAUGUGGAUCUCUGCAUUAUUCAUAUACCGAUUGCUAUGAAGCCUGGAGAGGAACUUCUGCCAAAGGAUGCUAAUGGAAAAUUCAUUUUUGAUAGAGUGGACAUUCGUGAUACUUGGGAGGCACUGGAGAAGUGUAAGGACGCAGGUCUAUCCAAGUCUAUAGGGGUGUCCAAUUUCAACCACAAACAGCUGGAACUGAUUCUGAACAAACCAGGGUUGAAAUACAAACCCACCUGCAACCAGGUAGAAUGUCACCCGUAUCUCAACCAGAGCAAACUCCUGGAGUUCUGCAAGUCCAAAGACAUUGUUCUCGUUGCCUACAGUGCUCUGGGAUCCCACAGAGACCCAAGCUGGGUCAGCAGUGAUAGCCCAUACCUCCUGGAGGAUCCUGUCUUAAUGACCAUUGCCAAGAAACACAACCGAACUCCAGGCCAGGUUGCCCUGCGCUACCAACUGCAGAGGGGGGUGGUGGUUCUGGCCAAGAGCUUCAAUGAGAAGAGAAUCAAAGAGAACUUCCAGGCGUUUGACUUUGAAUUGACCCCAGAGGACAUGAAAACAAUUGACAGCCUCAACAGAAAUUUUCGAUAUUCUCAAAUGGCAUUUGCUCUGGAUCACCCUGACUAUCCAUUUUUGGAAGAAUAUUGAACAUGAGCUGCUAAACAUUAUGGAGACUUUCCUCCUUCCAGUUAGUGUGUAGCUGUGUUUGGUGGAGUGGCUAAGAAGCAGUAUCCUUGUUGCCUUGUGCUUGUCUAAUAUCACAAAACUAUGAAUCACAAGAGGGACAUUUGUCUUUCCUGAUAAUUAAAAAUGACAGAAAAAUUACAGAGAAUUUACAAAAUAAAAGGAAAUAUUUGAUGUAGUGUCCUUGAUUUUUAUACAAGUUUCAUGUGUUUUUUUUAUUUACAAAAAUUAAAAUAAAUUUCAACAAUUGGACUGUU